AUGCUUUCGUUAUUGUUUUGGCAAUCUCUCUCUCAUCAUCAUAAAAGAUAUAAAAAACCAAGGGGUAGCUUUGAUGCUGGAUCUGGGAGUUAUUAUGAGAAUGGUAUUUCUGGAACAGUUACAAGUGAAUCAAGAUCUUACGAACAUGACAAAAUAAAGAUAUGCGAAAUGCUUAAUUCAACGGAGUUAAAGUACCUUGGAAUACCGGACACUACAAAAGAGGACUUAAAUAGAACAUCAAGACUUUUUAACAUUCUUGGUGAUUAUAAUAUCUUCAUUUCAUUCGUUGCAAUUUGCUCUUACAAUCAUCAAUGCAACAAAAACACGAGUCAGAGUGAUAAUGAUCACUUUAGAGCAGCAGGUUUUCUAAAUCUGAAAGGAAAUGAUCUAUAUUCUAAUUUCCAACAGAUGGUGAAAGAUCCAAACGUAUUACCACUAGGUGCUCCGCUCAUUGACGAAAAAUAUCCUUGGACUUCUGCAAUUUACAUUUGGAAUUCCAAUUACAUCUCAGAUUUCUGUCGUGAUAAUCCGAAUAUUAUUAAGGUCGCAAAACAACUUAUACCUGUUGAAGAUGAAGGAAAAUUACAAAAAAUUUAUGAUGAUUUAAAUGAAAUGAUUAGAAUCAAAGAGUUUGAUCGUCGCAAACUUGCUUGUAGUUAG